AUGAUUCAACAGAUAGUUACCAUUCCCCCUCAGAGAACAACAAACUCACUUGAGUUCACAAAUGACCCACAACUAGAAGCUGACUACGACAGCCAACGAUUUGAAGGCAAGAAGCCCACCAAAAGACCGUGUAAUAGCCCAGACACAGAGAGAAAUCAAAGUGACCUGGCAAACACGAUACAACAUCUGAUGAAACAACUCGAACAGAGAGAUAAAGAAAAUAAGCGAGAACAACAAGAAUUCAAGGAAAUACUCGAAGAAAGAGACAGAGAAAAUAAACGAGAACAACAAGAAUUCAAAGUUCUAAUCGCCGAAUUAAGAUCAAUAAUUAGAACAAAAGACGACGAAGCAAGAAGGAUGAUGGAUCAAAUCAUGAAAUUGACCAAAACCGUCCAAGAAAUGACAAACAAACGGACUGUCACAAUAACAAAAAUAGACGAAAGUCCAAUGACCUGGGAACAGACAGAAAAUGAAAAACAUGAAGAAUCAGAAACAGAGACAACGGUAUACAAAAACAAGUCAUACCAAAAGUCAAUCCUAUCCAAAAGGAAAAAACGAGAGAGUGUGGCGUCUGGUUUCUGGGGCACCCAGUCUUUCUUAUCAUACCACAUUACAGUAAACAAUUCUAAUAUCAAACCAUAA